AUGGAGAGACGCGGCGACGAACGCGGAGAGGCCCUGCUGCGCGCGCACCGCGCCGCCGGUUCGCACACCCUGCGCUACACCGCCGUGCACCCCGUCAACCUCGACGGCUGGCUCUCCAAGGAGGGCAAGGCCCUGCGCGCACGCUGCUCGCGUUUCGUCACUUUGAAUGGCCACAUCCUGUCCUCGCAUCGCUCCAAGGGCUCCCCGCCUUCCUGGCAUGUCUCCGUCGCGCACGCCGUCGUCGAGAAGGGCCCGCAUCCGCGAGAGAUCAAGCUCGCGCUUCCGCACCGCGCCCUCUCCUUUAUCGCCCCCAACCAGCACGCGUUCGAAAAGUGGAUCGUCUCCCUGCGGAGGGCGAGCGUCGUGUCCUCGCACGUCGAGGAGUAUUACAACGUCGGGAGGCUCAUUGGGGAGGGCAUGAACGGACAGGUCCGCCUCGCUCACGACUUGCUUACGGAUGAGCAGGUCGCCGUCAAAAUGGUCCCCAGGUUGAAUAGGGAAAAUGAGACGCAGUUUUUGGCACGCGAGAUACAGAUCAUUCUCAGCGUGUCCCAUCCUAAUGUCGUCAGGACUAUUGAUGUGUUCGUGCGUUCGCGACGCAUCCAUUUUGUCAUGGAGUAUCUGGCAGGCGGUGAGCUCUUCGACUUCAUCGCGGAGAACUCCCAGUUCACUGAGGCUCACGCCGCCACCGUCAUGCUCGAUUUGCUCAACGCGCUUUCCUAUCUGCACUCGAGAGGCAUUGCCCACCGCGACGUCAAGUUGGAAAAUCUUCUUUGCGCUAAUACCACCUGGCCGCUUAAUGUCAAGCUCGCCGAUUUUGGCUUUGCCAACUAUGUCAGCAAGACUGACGAGCCCAUGCUUUCUAGCUUUGUUGGUACCCCGUACUAUAUUGCCCCCGAGAUGCUGCGCGGAUCUCCCCAUGGCCAGGCGGUUGAUGUUUGGGCCAGCGGCGUCGUCUUGUAUAUUUUGCUCAGCGGCAAGUUUCCGUUUGGAGGCAAGAACGAGUCUGAGUACUAUCAACGUGUCCUCUCUAAGGAGGCCUACUUUCCCAAUGAAGAAUGGAGCAAUGUGUCUGAAGACGCGAAGAACCUUGUUCGAGGAAUGCUGUGCAAGGAUCCGAGACGAAGGCUCACUGCAGAGCAAUGUCUCAAACAUCCGUGGAUGAGGCGUUCAGAAGUCAUCGAUUCCGUCACGCUGGACGGCGAGGUGUUUCCCGUCGAUCCCAUGCCAUCCGCCCUCUCAGAUGCCGGUAUGGACACUAUCAACUCGCAACCACCAAUACACAUUCGCGCCAUGUCAGACGCGGACGCAGAAAUGCCGGCCAGCGAGUCAGUGGGUAGGGCGGCGACACCUCCGUCCUCGCACAAGUCUCGAUUCCGAAAGUCUGAAAAGCAACAUUUCCUGCGAACGCCUGGUAUGUUUAAGGAUAAUCGCGAAAAGAAGGGCAAAUCGCGAUACCUCGGCAUGCUCAAUCACUCGAUCAACGCUCCUACGCCUGAGAUGCUUGCAACUCGCGCAGAAGCGGACAUUGUACCACACCGACCGACGCCGGAGGUCCGCGAAAGUGCGGCACCAAACACACCUACUUCAUUUGAUGAGAUUUUACCUUCGGAAGAACCAACAAUGUAUCGACGACCGAGUUUAAUCCGCCGAUUGCUGUCCUCUGGAAAGUUAUCGCUGGAUAGAUACGACUGCCGAUUCCCGUCAUUUCGAGGAAGUGUUGAAGAGCACGCAGAUGAGGCGUCGGCCACCCCUCGGAAGACGCUCUCUCUGUUCUCCAAGGAUGGGCCGUUGCGCAGGUCCUUCCACCGCGGCGGAGAGAACCGCUCGACUGAUGAUGGCAUCAACUUUGUUGAUGCUAACGCCCAGCGACUGCCUCCAAAAAUUGCAAGGGAGCGACAACGCCAACAACGCCUGGCUGCUGCUUCGCGGCGGGCUUCUCGAGGCCAUGGAAUCUUCAGUCAUCGCAAGUCGGCAACGCAACAGUACACGAUGCAGCAGCAGCAGUCAGAAGGAUACCAUUCGUCACCAAGAUUGCAGGCGCCGCUUCAUCCAUUAUCAUCCAUCCCAACGCCACCCGGCCAGCGCGGGCCCGUUCCAGGUCCCAGUUUGAUUGGCAACUCAUUGAUGAAACGCCGUAUGACGGCUGGUGCGGGCGCGUAUAUGGGAAGUUCUCAAAUAGGAGUGCCCAACGUGCCCAACGUAACAAGUUAUGGAAGUCUACAGAAUAGAGGCUUGUCUGAUCAUAUCGACGAUGGGACGGUCCGUCGUACAAUGAGCGCCGAUGUAACGCCGGUUGGCCACUUCAGCACGAAUUAUAUUUCGUCGCAGUCGGUGACUGGACGAUUGUGA